AUGUCCGUUUGUCUAGCUAUCACCAAGACGCUCGCGGUCUCGUCGCUGGGCAUCUACGCAGGUGUCCUUGCGACAGCCACCACGAUGGUAUUCACGACCCCGAAGGAAAUCCUCCUGAAACAGUCGUGCGCAAAAACUGAGGCCAGCAAGGCCGCCGUCGGCUGGCCCACUGUGCGCGCAAUCAUGCGGCUCGCCGCCGCAGCAGGAGCCUCGUCAGUCCUGUUCUUCGGCCUCAGCUACUUCGGCGCGCCCCCAGUCUGGCGCCACCCGUACUUGCUCUACGGUAUGCUCGUCGCGCCGCUUUCCGGCUGCUACUCGCUGCUCUCCAGCGCGUGUCACGGCAAGAAAUGCUCCAGGGCCAAAACCGGCGCUACGUGCCCGGCCAAGAAAUGUCCCGUGCCUCAUGCGACGCCUGCUGCCCCUGCCUCUGCGCCAGGGUCCAGUCUCGAGGACUCCGUCGUCGACCUAGGUGCGCCCGCAGAGCCCGCUGGACCUGCUGCCCCUCACCCCGUCCCUAUCGCAACCCAGGACUCUGCGCCUGCGAGAACCACAUCUGCGUGCACCGUCCGCAUCCACCUGUCCGUGAUGACCUCGCUCGCGCUUAUCGGGUUCGUGCAGUCCGUCUUUGGCGUCUACGGCGAAGGUUUGUUCGUGUGA